UUCCGAACCAAUGCAGUUCUAGGCUGCGUUCCAAAAUUUACUGCCAGUAUUGAAAAUCUAUAGUAUACGUAACAUAAACUAUAGAUUUUCAGUACCAACAGUGAAUUUCGGAACGCAGCUCUAGUACAGCACUAGUUCAGUUGAUAUGAACAACCUCAUAGGUUAGGUAAAAAGUGUACCAGUAUACACUUCUUGAACUAGUGUAAGAAGUUCAGCUAGAAAGAAUAAACCUGUGUCUUGACAAGAGUUCGGAUCUGAUAUUUCUUUGGAACUUGUACUUUGAUGCCUUGGUAGAAAGGGCUAUUUGAGAAAGUUUGCAAGCCAAGUAAAAUAUAGUGAAGAAGAAGAAGGAAAAGGAAGAUAGCUGAAAGAAAGAAAAGUGCUAUCGUUUUUUAGCUUAUCGUACUUAUAGUUAAAACUAUAAGUACUUAUAUAAAUAAAAAAAGAAGAUUUAAGCCGUGUUAUACUAAAUAAAAAACUGAGUGCAGCAUUUUAUUAAUAAACAACAUUUUUGAGGUUAUAUUGCUCGUGUGUGUGAUUACAAAACAGAAUUAAAAUAAAAUAUCAAGUAACAGACACAGAGAGACAGAGAGCAAGAUGUCAGAGGACGAAAUGGAAAGCUUUGAAAUUACUGAUUAUGAUUUGGACAAUGAAUUUAACACAGCCCGUCCCCGACGCAACCUCACGAAAAAACAACAAAUGCUAGGGAUGUGGGCUGAUGACAGUGAUGAGGAUGAAUUAUCAGCAAGACCAUCUUUUAAAACUUUUAAUAAAGGACCAAAAAACUAUAGAGCACCAGUUAAUUUUGUUGCUGGUGGUAUUCAACAAGCAGGAAAAUCAAAAGAUAAAAAAGAAGAUAACGAUGAAGAGGAAGAUGAAAAUGAUAUACGAGAGUCUAAACAUCAGGAUGAUUCAAGCUCAGAAGAUGAAAGAUCAAGUAAUUCAAAAUCACAAUCAUCUUUUCCUUUGAAUUUGGAGAGUGACAUUGCAGGUCUGCGUAAAAAACGGAGUCAAAUAAAUCCAUUAUUGAUGAAAACUGGAAUGGGUAGCUGGGAAGUACAUACAAAAGGUAUUGGUGCCAAAUUGUUAUUACAGAUGGGAUUUGAACCUGGUAAAGGUUUGGGCAAACAGUUGCAAGGAAUAAGUGCACCAGUGGAAGCACAUCUCAGAAAGGGAAGAGGUGCAAUUGGUGCAUAUGGUCCUGAGAAGGUACCUAAAAUUCCAGAUAUAAAAAAGGAUGACGAUGGAGAAGAAGCAAAAGAACUAAAAUCCAAAGUAUCUCAGUGGCGGAAAGGUGAUAGUAGCAACAAAAAGAAAACGAGAUAUUAUUACAGAAGUGUAGACCAAGUUCUCGAGGAUGGAAAAUUGAAGCCGAAUAGAAAGUUUCCAGUAUCCAGUGAGAUGAGCAGGGUCAAGGUAAUCGAUAUGACAGGGCCAGAGCAGAGAAUUCUUAGUGGUUAUCAUGCAAUUGCCGGUGGCCAGCAAUGCCCAGACGAAGUCGUAAUUACAUCCGACAAGAAGUCUAAAGUAAACUUUGCCCUGCCUGAAUUGCAACACAAUUUAAAUUUGCUCGUGAGCAUGUGUGAGCAAGAUAUUAUUCAAAAUGAUCGGCGGAUGAGGUAUUUAAAUGAUAGAGUGGUUGCUCUACAGGCAGAAAAAAAGAACUUGUCUAAAGUUGUCGAUCAAAAUAGUAAACUAACUGAUACCUUGGAGAAUGUGCUCGUGAUUGUGGAUAGGUUAAUGAACGAAACUAAUGAGUUGACUCUGCAAGAAACUGCUGAAGCUUUCAAAAAUUUAGAAGAUAAUUAUUACGAAGAGUAUAAGAUGUACGAACUUGGUGAAUUAGCUAGCAGUUUUGUUGCCCCGAAAAUAAAGGAUUGCCUGUUGAGUUGGAAUCCGUUGAUGGAACCGAAGAAACCGAUUAAAUUGUUUGAAGAGUGGAAAGAUAUUUUGGAAAAUGGAAGCAAUACUACAUUACAAACACGGACUAUGCACCCGUACGAUCAGUUAGUGUGGAAUGCAUGGAUGCCAUCGAUCAGAGGAGCCAUACAGCAAUGGACAUGUAGACAGCCUGAACCCCUAAUCGAACUGAUAGAGCACUGGAUGCCAUUAUUACCCAAUUGGAUCUUGGAAAAUAUACUGGAUUUAUUAGUUUUACCGAAAUUAACAUUGGAGGUAGAAGAAUGGAAUCCUCUUACUGAUACUGUACCUAUUCAUACAUGGAUUCAUCCUUGGUUGCCAUUAUUACGAAAUCGUUUGGAUACAUUAAUUUAUCCUAUAAUACGCAGAAAACUUGGAUCUGCAUUAGGAGGUUGGCAUCCAUCAGACAGAUCUGCAAGACUAAUGCUACAACCUUGGGCACAAGUGUUCGCCAAGGGAGACAUGGAAGCGUUUUUAGUGAAGAAUAUAAUUCCAAAAUUGCAAAUAGCUUUAUCUGAAUUUGUUAUAAAUCCACAUCAACAGCAUUUGGAUCAGUGGAACUGGGUAUACGAGUGGAAAGAUUUGAUCCCGCCCCAUAUAAUGAGCGGAUUGCUCGACAAGUUCUUCUUUCCAAAGUGGCUGCAAGUCUUGGCACUGUGGCUUAAUCAUUCUCCCAAUUACGAUGAAGUCACAACUUGGUAUAUGGGUUGGAAGGGAAUGCUGAGUGACAAAUUAUUAGCAGAGCCGGCGGUAAAAGAUCACUUUAAGAAAGCAUUAGAUAUGAUGAAUAGGGCUGUCACCGGACCACAGAGUCAUCAACCGGGCGCACUGGAACAGGUUUCAUAUCUAACGAGCUUAGAGAGAACUCAACCGACGAUGUCACAAAUGACACCAAUUGCACAACCGCGGAUAGAGAGACUCGCGGAGGCAGUGCGAACCGCUUCGCAGAUCCCGCAAGGCUUCAAGGAUCUUGUGCAAAAGAAAUGCGAGGAACGUGGCAUAUUGUUUAUGCCGAUUCCGAACAGAUACAAGGAAGCCAAGCAAGUUUACAAAGUGGGCAAUGUUCAAGCGUACAUCGAUGGCAAUGUAUUAUUUGUAUGUCACAAUGGUACAAACUGGAUGCCAACGCAUUUGAAUGCCUUGUUGGAUAUGUCUGAACUUUAGGACAAAUUUAAUAUAAAAUUAGUUGCACAAGUUGUUCAAAGUAUAUCGCUGUUGUAUUUAUAUAAUAAAUAUGCUGUAAAAUAUUUCAUUUGAAGACUAUUGACAAGAUAGUCUGAUAUAUUGUUAUAUCCGUUCGCAUCCACUCAUGUUCAUGUUAUAUACGUACACAUAUACGUACAUACUUAGCUAUAAGUAUGCUAAAGAUACUGUCACUUUUGCACUGUUAAAUUUAUAUAAAUAAACCAAUAUCAUGUUUUGUCACAUGCA